ACGCACUUAGGAUGUUUUAGAAUGGCAUGACGCAGCGACGCGAUAAAGUGCGCGUUUGAAUUUGGACUUUAUUGCGUUACUAUAAGGUCGUAUUAGAUUGUGAGGAAUCUUCCGUCUCGGUCCGAUAUUACGCAUGCCAGUUAGCAGCAGCUGUCAGUGAGUGAAGACGUGUCAUUGUUUGUUUAAAACGCCAUUUUGUUGUAAAUUAUUGCAAUUUGAAGAGAAAAAUAUUGAGAAUAGGAAUGGAAAUAAAAGUGGAGAAGACCCGAGUAGACUCAGAAUAUCUAAUAUUAACUAUAAAAAAACACGAAUGUAUAUGGAACAAAAACUGUCCAGAAUAUCAUAUGAAAGGGACGAAAGAGGAAGCUUGGAAUCAGAUAUGUGACGAGUUGAUACCAGGAUGGCAGGAUUUGACAGAGCCGGUGAAACUUACUAAACAAUGGGAGCUAAAAAAGCGCUGGAACAACAUACGGGACUACUACAAGAAGGACUUGGCCCUCCAGCUCAGUGGCGGCAUCGGACCGACGAAGAGAAAGAGAUACGUCUUCUCUGAGACGCUGGAUUUCCUUAGGCCGCUUAUGGACCGAUCACAGACCGAUAAACAAGACGAAGCGGACGCACAAGAAAUAUAUCUAGAAGAACAUUUAUACAGCUCAGACGAAGACAAUUCUGUUUUAAAAAGAAAAGAAAUAAGAGUACGAGAAAACGAAAUCUUAGAAGAGAAACAUUCAUACGCCAUACCAACAAGAAGUGAUGUAGAAGAAGACAGUGAUUGGUUGUUUCUAAGAAGUAUAUUGUCUUAUGUGAAGGAAAUGAAUAGAGCACAGAAGUUGGAAUUCAGGAUGGGGGUUUUGAAGCUUUAUAAAGAUAUUGUGUUUCAAGACAGAGAUGGGUACUAUGAUGAUGAUAGUAAGAAUCCAUUGAAAUAAAGAUUGAUUUGAUAGAUU